AUGUUAAAUAGAUUACAAAGUUUAAAAAAGAAUGAAAAUUUAAUUAAAUUUUAUUUUAAUAAUAAUUAUAAUAAUUUAACAAGAUAUUUUUGUACAGGUGGUAGUGGUGGUGGGUCAGAUAUUUUCUCAACAAAAAAUUCAAAAGAUGCAAUAAAUAGUACAAUUAGAAGUAAAGAAGAUAUUGAAGAAGAGAUUAAAGGAUUUCAAAAUGCACCACAAAUAAAACCAAAAAUACCAGUUGAUCCAGCAUCAUUACAUUUAAGUUAUAGUAUUCAAAUUGCAAUUCAAAAAGCAUAUGAUGAAUUUAUGAAUGGUAAACCUGAAGAAGCAUUAAAAAGAUAUUAUUGGGUACUUAGUCAUACACCAGCCGAUUAUGCAGUUCGUAUUCAACGUGCAACAGUAUUAGAAUCAUUAUCACGUUUAGAUGAUGCAAUCAUUGAUUGUAAUACAGUUAUUAAAAAUUCAACUGAAGGUGAAAUUUUAUCAGAAGCAUUUGUUAUUAAAGGAAUUUGUUUAGUUAGAAAAGAGAAAUAUAAUGAAGCAAUUGUUGCAUUUGAAAAAUCAUUACUUUUAAUACAUAAUCCAAAAAUUGUUGAUUUAAAGAGAGAGGCAGAAAUGAUGUUAUAUCCAGAUACAGUUAUUGUACCAAAUCAUGAAGAUGAUUAUGAAUUCUUUAAUGGUUUAUCAUCAACUUUAAUGGGUAAUGCAAUGGUAAAGAAAUCACCAAUUCACGGUAGAGGUAUCUUUGCAACUAGAGAUAUUGAAGAAGAAGAAUUACUUUUUGAAGCACCUUCAUUACUUUCAAUUUCAACAAAUUUAGCAAAACAUAAAUAUGAAAAACAUGAUGAUGAACAUUGUAAUAAUUGUCAUUUAUCAUUGCAACCAGUUGAAUUACAAAAUGAUAGAGAGAUAUCAAAAUCAAAAGAAUUUCCAAAGAUUGAGGAUACAUUAAGUCGUAUGACAAAUUUACCAUUGGGUUCUAUUAGUGGAGUUUGUUGUCCAAAUUGUAAUGAAGCUAUAUUUUGUUCAUCAGAAUGUGAAGCUCAGGGAAUGGCAAGACAUAGAUUAAUAUGCAGUGGAACACCAUCAAAUGUUCAUACAAACUUUUUAAAUAAAUUUUAUCAUGAUAUUUCAAAAUUGGAUGACGAAGAAAGAACAGAGUAUUUAUUAAUGUUACAAGUGUUUUCAUUGCAAUAUACAACUGGUGGUAACCAAGACGAACCAUUACGUUCAAUGCAAAUGGACCAAUUCUUAAAGAGACUAGUUCAUACUGAACCAUCAAAAAAUCAUACAACCUCAUAUUUAAGUAGAAAAGAUAUGAAAAUCUAUCAAUCUAUAAAAGGAAUUUUCUCAAAUCGUGAAAUCACUCAAGAGAUUUAUCAUCGUGUUAAAUCAAUAAUCAGAUUGAAUGCUGUGGCUUUCCCAACUUCUAGAAUUAAAAUUCUCUCUGAAAAAAACCCAAUGGAUGAGUUAGGCUAUUCAUUUGAUUUCCAAGAGAUUCCAUCACAACAAUUAGCAAGUAUUCUAAUGCAAGGUUCUUUCUUUAACCAUUCAUGCGAACCAAAUGUUUUCAUUGCAACCCCAGUUGUAAAUGAUAAAUCAAUUCGUUUCUGUACAAGAAGACCAAUUAAAAAAGGUGAGGAACUUUUCAUAUCUUAUUUAGAUGGUGAAAAAUUAACAACUGAAAAAAGAAGAACGACUCUUAAAGAAACUUAUUCUUUUAUUUGUAAUUGUCAAGCUUGUACUUCCAGAAAAACUAUUGACUUUUUAAGUAUACUCGAUUAA